UUGCUAUGGAGACGGGCGGCUACCACCACUCUAAAGGAUUCGCGGUUUCACCCCGAGGGCGGCUCCCUGGAUUAGGCGGAUUAGUUGAUACCUAUUGAUCUAGUGGACGGUUCACGAUUUCUUUGUGGCUUUAAUUGGAUCUAGUAAAAAGGCUUCUCCUCAGCGCGCGCGCUAGUCUUCUUGCCAUCCGCUGCCGGGAAAGACUGCGUUUGCCGAAAAAAUAAAGAAGAUACCGAGAAUGACCGAGUACGACUGGGACAAGAAAUGUGCUUCAACUUCAAAUUCAGGCACAGAAGUGAAACCUGAACAAUUUCCUCCUUGUGUGAACACUGGCAAUCCUGUGUUUUCAUGUAUGUUGGACCCAAAGACACUCCAUACAGCUACCUCACUAUCAAAAUCUAAGAUGAUUAUGUAUAAAACCAAUUCAUGUAAUUAUGGUGAAUUUUUACCUAUGCCACAGUUUUUUCCCUGCAGUUAUACUCCAAGGGAGCAAGUAUUUUCAAGCCACAUUAGAGCUACUGGAUUUUAUCAAAAUAACUCUCUAAACACUACACCUGAUAGAACCAGAACCCUUGACUUUCCUAAUUUUCAACAUACUCUAUGAAAAUAUAUUCCUUUGUAUAUUUAAGAGAAAGUAUACUCAGGAAAAAUGAGUUUUAAAUCUAAGGCUAGAAUACCUAACUUGGAACAUAAAAGUAUUUGAAUUAGU